UAAAAGCAGCUGAGGGACUCCCCGGGUUACAAGAACAAGAUCCACAAGCGAAGAUCUACAAGAGAGCAAGAAGAUCCAGAGACAUCACAGAGCACUUUUCAGUACGAGCAUCCUGACAGAUUAACAAGCAAAAUGGUCUUGGAGAAAGGCGUCGCAAUCGGCAUCGACCUGGGCACCACGUACUCCUGCGUGGGUGUUUUCCAGCAUGGCAAAGUGGAGAUCAUCGCCAACGACCAGGGCAACAGGACCACACCCAGCUACGUGGCGUUCACCGACACCGAGAGGCUCAUCGGCGACGCCGCCAAAAACCAAGUGGCGUUGAACCCCAGCAACACUGUGUUUGACGCCAAGCGACUGAUCGGAAGGAGGUUUGACGAUCCUGUCGUCCAAGCAGACAGGAAGCAUUGGCCCUUCAAGGUAGUCGCUGAUGGAGGCAAGGCCAAAAUCCAGGUGCAGUACAAAGGGGACGAGAAGGCCUUCAACCCAGAGGAGAUCUCCUCCAUGGUGCUGGUUAAAAUGAAGGAGAUUGCAGAAGCCUACCUGGGUCAACGGGUAUCCAACGCCGUGGUCACGGUCCCCGCCUACUUUAACGACUCCCAGCGGCAGGCCACCAAAGAUGCGGGCGUCAUCGCUGGACUGAACAUCCUGAGGAUCAUCAACGAGCCCACAGCGGCAGCCAUCGCCUAUGGCCUGGACAAAGGCCAAUCGGCGGAACGCAACGUCCUUAUUUUUGACCUGGGCGGCGGCACCUUCGACGUGUCCAUCCUGACCAUCGAGGGCGGCAUCUUUGAGGUCAAAGCCACCGCCGGAGACACGCACCUGGGCGGGGAGGACUUUGACAACCGCAUGGUGGAGCACUUUGUGGCCGAGUUCAAGAGGAAGCACAAAAAGGACAUCGGCCAGAACAAAAGGGCCUUGAGGAGGCUGCGCACCGCCUGCGAGAGGGCAAAGAGGACGCUGUCCUCCAGCUCCCAGGCCAACAUCGAGAUCGACUCUCUCUUUGAGGGCGUGGACUUCUACACUUCCAUCACCAGGGCUCGCUUCGAGGAGCUGUGCUCAGACCUGUUCAGGGGAACUCUGGAGCCAGUGGAGAAAGCGCUGAAGGACGCCAAGAUGGACAAGGGCCAGAUCCACGACGUGGUCCUGGUUGGGGGCUCCACCCGGAUCCCCAGAAUCCAAAAGCUACUGCAAGACUUUUUUAACGGCAAGGAACUGAACAAGAGCAUUAAUCCAGACGAGGCGGUGGCUUACGGCGCCGCGGUCCAGGCCGCCAUCCUCACUGGGGACACCUCGGGAAACGUCCAGGACCUCCUGCUGCUGGACGUGGCGCCUUUGUCGCUUGGGAUCGAGACAGCCGGAGGAGUCAUGACGUCGCUCAUCAAACGCAACACCACCAUCCCCACCAAGCAGACGCAGAUCUUCAGCACCUAUGCCGACAACCAGCCGGGUGUCCUCAUUCAGGUCUUUGAGGGCGAGAGAGCCAUGACCAAGGACAACAACCUGCUGGGAAAAUUUGAUCUAAGCGGAAUCCCGCCGGCCCCGCGAGGCGUGCCGCAGAUCGAGGUCACCUUCGACGUGGACGCCAAUGGUAUCUUGAACGUGUCAGCGGUGGACAAAAGCACCGGCAAGGAGAACAAGAUCACCAUCACCAACGACAAAGGCCGUCUGAGCAAAGAGGAGAUCGAGAAGAUGGUGGACGACGCCCAAAAGUACAAAGCUGAGGAUGAUGUGCAGCGAGACAAGAUUGCUGCCAAGAACGCUCUGGAGUCAUACGCCUUCAACCUGAAGAGCAGCGCGCAAGACGAGAAGCUAGCGGCCAAGUUGAGUGAGGAGGACAAGAAGACGCUGAUGGACAAGUGUGAGCAGACCCUCAAGUGGCUGGAGAGCAACCAGCUGGCCGAAAAAGACGAGUUCCAGCACAAGCAGAAGGAGCUGGAGCGAACGUGUCAGCCAAUCAUCAGCAAGUUGUAUCAGGGGGCGGGGCCUGCCGAAGGCUGUGGGGGGCAGACCCAGGCCGGUGCACAGGGGCCCACCAUCGAGGAGGUGGACUGAGGACCUUUCUUGCGCAUCAGUCUGAGACAAAUUGUAAAAUAUUACACUGUUUUAAAAUCGUGUUGUUAACAUCAAGUACAUAAUAA